AUGGCCGUGUUGAACCUUUCUCCUCUGCUAGUACUUGCGCUCCUGGCACGCACGUUUGCCAAACCUACAAAUGACGCUCCGAAGAACGACAUUGUUGAUCUCGGAUACGCUCAGCAUAUCCCUACAUACCAUAACACAACCAUUUCUGGGCAUAAAGUCAAAAUCUACAAGAAUAUUCGCUUCGCCAACGCGCCAACGGGUAACCUACGCUUUCGGGCACCAGACACCAAACUCCCCAAAGUACACGGUGUCCAGGAUGGUAAAGUGCCUUGGGCGAGCACAGCUUGCAUCGCCUCUGCGCCGGGUUAUAUUCCGUAUCCCGAAAUCAACGGAACGACAUGGGGCCGAGAAGACUGUUUGUUUCUGGAUGUCUAUGUGCCCGAAGGGGUGAAUCCAGGUGACGAUGUUCCUGUGCUGCACAACUUUUUUGGCAGCGCAUACGCUUUUGGAAGCAAGGAUAUUAUGUUCUCGCCCAUGGGCCUGUUUGAUAGAAUGUUUCGGGACCAUGCUGACAAGUUCAUAUUCGUUUCAAACAAUUAUAGAAACUGUCGCCAAAGACUGGGGAUGCCUGGCUGGACGUAUGCUGAAGGUGAGGAUAUGGACGGCAAUGUUGGCAUGCUCGACUGUCUUGCCGCAGCAGAAUGGACCUCCAAAUACAUCAAAGAUUUCGGAGGUGACGGCAAACGCAUCACAACCAUUGGGCAGAGCGCUGGGGCCGGUAUGAUAUACUAUCUGAUGGUCGCAUAUGCGGGUCGUCGCAAGCUCCCAUUCCAACAGGCGUACUUGUCAUCACCUGCUGCGCCUCCGAAGCGAAAUGUUACCGAGCGACAGAAGGAGUUGUUCAACCUAGUGCUCAAGACUGCAAAUUGCACAACUCUGCGGUGUUUACGAUCAGUUCCUGAAGAAACCAUGAUAGGAAUCAACGAUCAACUAAUUAACCAGAUGCCUUCACAGAGUGGCGGCGGCCAGAUAGGCCCGCUCCAUGGUUUCGGUCCUGCGCCCGACGGCAAAAUCAUCCCAGAUCUGCCACUGGCCAUGCUGAGAAGGGGCGAAUUUUACAAAGGGCUGAAUGCUUUGAUCUUAGGUAGUAUGGCGCUCGAAGGGAUGGGAACAUCGCACGACACUGGUUUGCCAGGCUAUUUCCCCAUCAUGGUACGACAGCAACUGCCGUAUGCAAGCAGCGAAACCAUCAAAAUGCUGCAAGAUGAAUAUCAUGAUGCCAGCAAGGUUUCAAAGAUGGCAUGGGAUUGGACCACGGAUAUUGUGUUCGCUUGCAAUGCGAACAAUCUUGCCAAUUCUUUGCCGAGCCUAGCAAGAAGGUAUAUAAUGUCUACCCCACCGGCUGUGCAUGGACAGGAUCUGGACUACUUCUUUAACAACGAGGACAUCGCGCCUGUUAAUAAUACAGAGCUAGUAAACGGCUUCCAGAGACGACUGCUCAAUUUUGUCAAUGGCCAAAAGAUGGAUUGGCCGGUUUGGGGUUCGGUCAAAGAGAUGUAUAAUAUCACAGACGAGUUUGAGGGGACAACUUUGCCCAGGAAGCUGAUGAAGCGGUGCGACUUGUUGAACCAGCUCAUUCUCGACCCUGCUAACGGCGCUUGA